AUGGAGAUAGACGGCAAUACAGUUUUGUUGCUCUUCGUCUUCCUGUUUAUUUUGUAUUCGAACCCAUCGGGCGAUGGAGUGACAUCACAGUAUGAGUAUAUUCAACUCCAGACACUGAAGGCUCAAUAUCAAGAUGAGUUUGCCCAGUUCGGCAACUUGUCGCAUUCAUCCAAUUUUCGCAACAUCACGGGCCUCAAGCUGAGCUAUGGGGACGUUUUGCGACAACCAGACAUCAAUGCCACGUAUCCAAUACAGGGUAAAGAUUACGACCAUUGGUUCACAGAUCAGAACUACACGUUGCUUCCAGAGGCUGUCAGUGACCAAGUCAACAACGAAAUUUGGGCCACUAAACACAACGUGUUUCCACCCAACGUGACGAGUACUUUGCGCGGGCGUGUAGUAAACUCCCACGACGGGUUUCUCCCCAUGCCCAUGCCAAUACCAGAGUAUUACGAGCCUGCUCAGGAUCUCAUCCAAAACCGCCCAAGUCUGUCAGAACCGUACGUUGCAGACCCAGGAGACUAUACGGGGUCCCACAACAUCACUUUCGAUGAAGGUGAAAUUGUCAUGGAGAUCAUCUCGACAGAUUCCACUUCCUCACCUCUGGAGCCAGAGAAACGGUUUCACAACAGCCAAAGCGAUAAAUGGCGUUUUUUGCACCUAGAGAUCCAUCUCUCAGACCUGGCCGAAAACCAGAAGCAUUCCAUCAGCACAAAGGCGAUUUAUGAUAUCAGAAACGGUCGGAUACUGGCCGUCUCAGAAAGUGCCAAGUUCCACUCCCUCUUUGCUUUGCCACACUACAUGAACUUGAAGGAAGAAGAUGAGACCAUCUACAACGAAGUGAAGACUCUUGUUGAAGAAUACUGGAAUGCCACAGAUUUUUUCAACACUCGUACAAUGGCGUAUUUGCAGAAUUCCUACGCUGCUGCAAACAGCAGAUGUGAAUUUCUGGCGUUCUUGCAGCUAGAACCAUGGUGGGGAUACUCAAAAGAGCAAAUCAAGACCAUAGACGAAGAGUUAGUGUGGCCACUCGGUAGGCGCGCGAACCUCUCUUCUCUUCCGCCAAUUAAUGUGUCAUCUGGACUGAUCUACUCUCCAGAUUGUGGGGUCAAGCUACACAUGAAUAAUGUUAGUGGGCUACGUCACGAGUUGCAAAUCAAGAAGAUGAGGAACGUCCUGCUUCUUGGUGCGCUACUGUUGGCGUCUCAGAUUUAUCUAUUGUUGCGCCAGAUGCACCAUACUAAUACGCCUUCCAUGGUCAAUAAAAUUUCCUACUGGGGCUUAUCUUUGAUGAACCUAGUUGAUGGAGCCCUUGCCAUCAUUUUCUUUUACAUGACCAGCUCUUUUGCCGCUUUAUUCCAGCCACUGAUUGUAUGCUCAUUCGCAUGUUUGAUUUUGGCCUCCGUUUUUGAAAUGCGAUACAUGAUUUCCGUCUAUGCUUCGCAAGCCAACGAGCGUAACGUCAGUCUUUUCACUCUACUGCGCCGCAGCACAGAUGGUGACGAACGUACAGCACCGGCGGUGAUAUUGGACGAGGCAAGUAUCAGCUCAUCCCUCUACCGCAGCUAUAUUUUCAAGACGUUCUUUUCCAUGAUUGUCAUCCUCAGCAUGACGACGUGGCCCCGGAGCCUUCGCGUUCCUGUAGAAAGCUUCGCAGUAUUCGUUCUCAACUCCUAUUGGGUUCCUCAGAUUGUUCGAAACGCUAUCAAGGGCAAUGAGCCACGACGGGGUACCACCGGGAACAGCUCGCGUCGAAACCAGAACAAGCCGCCGCUACUAUGGAGUUUUGUCAUUGGCACCUCUGUCAUUCGGUUUCUUCCGGCGGCGUACGCUUUCAGCGUACCGUCAAACAUUUUUUACCAUCAUCAAGAUCGUCCUUUCGUGGCUCUUGUUGCUCUGUGGUUGAUCUUCCAAAUGGCAGUGCUAUAUUCGCAGGAUGUUGUUGGAGCACGCUGGUUCCUGCCCAACUACACCAUACCCGACGGUUACGGAUAUCACAAAGCGAUUUCGGCGGGUGAAUUAUUGGAACAUGGGAGUUCUGAAAACUACACCAUUGACUGCGCGAUCUGUAUGACCGACGUUGCUGUUUAUGUCGAAGACAUCCCAGAAACUCACAAAGUCGACCAGCACGAAUACAUGGUCACCCCAUGUGGACACAUUUUUCACACUGGUUGUCUUGAAAACUGGUUGAGCUACAAACUUCAAUGUCCUGUUUGCAGGUCGCCUUUGCCACCUCUAUGA